AUGUUGCGUAACAUCCCCAACCGCGUCGACUUCGAGGACUUGAAGCUCUUCCUUGAUGAGACUUCGGGAGGUCAUUACGAUUUCUCGUACCUUCGCAUUGACUUCUCCAACAACCUCAACGUUGGAUACGCCUUUGUCAACUUCGUCCGCCCAGAGUUCAUCACCAACUUCGUCGAGCGUCGUGUUGGUAAGGAGUGGAACAUGUACGGCUCUCUCAAGAAGUGCGAGGUCUCGUAUGCCACUAUCCAGGGCAUCGACUGCCUGCUCGCCAAGUUCCGUAACUCGGUCGUUAUGGAGGAGAUCCCCCGCUACCGACCCAAGCUCUGGUACCAUGUCGAUUCACAGGACCUUCCUACUAUCGGUGGCCUGCCCGACCUCGACGCCAUCGGCACCGAAGUCGCUUUUCCUCCUCCCAACAAUGAGCAGAAGCGUCGUCGUUCUCGCGACAACGCCGGUACCAUUGGACUCUUCCCUCCUCGCCGCGGCAGAGGCGGCUACGGCUCUAAUUACCGCGAAGGUCAGUAUGACCGUGGUACUUCCUUCGCCAUUGCGGAGGAGCGUCAGAUUGAGGAGCAGCGCCAGCUACGCUACAACGAGCGCCGUGCCAUCGGCUACCACGGAAACGACCGCGUUCAUCACCAUUACGGCUACCGUAACCGUGGUGGAUACCACCAGCAGCUCCGUUUCCGCAACGGACGUAACUACGACGAUGAGGAAGAUGACUACUUCGACGAGAACGACCCUUCUUUCCGCCGCGGAAACCGCCACUUCGACUACCGCCGUUAA